UUCCUUUAACCACACUUUUUAUAUACUACUACUGCCACAACCCAAUCAAACCUAUCGCACUACAAACCAUGGGCAACACUUUUGGAGGCAAAAAAAGAAGCGUCAAAAUAAUGAACAUCAGCGGCGAAACGUUCAAGCUCAAGACUCCGGUCCAGGCCGGUUCAGUCCUCCAGAACCACCCGGGCCACAUGCUGCUCGCCUCGGAGGCAGUCGCGCAUUUCGGCGCCCGCGCCAAGCCGCUUGAACCGCACCACGAGCUCAAGCCGAGGCGCCUCUACUUCCUGAUCGAGCAGCCGAAGCUUCCAGAAGGCCGCGGCGCCGGUAUGAUGCGAAGGGUGCGGUCGGGGGUCCACAUGACAGCCAAGGACCGCCUCGAGAGCUUGAUGCUGUCGCGGAGAUCGGCCUCCGAUAUAUCCGCCGUGAGAUCGGCCGGAGUUAAGGUGAGGCUGCGGUUGCCGAAGGCGGAGGUGGAGAAGCUCAUAGCUGAGAGUAAGGAUGGAGCUGACGUGGCGGAGAAAAUUGUUGGUCUCUUCAUGAGCGGCGCCGACGUGCAUUGUGGUGGUGGCGAUCGUGGAUUGGCCAGACAAGGCACCAACAAAUCGCAUCAGAAGCGCGUUGGAUUUUCAGUAAUCGAGGAAGGAGAAAUCCAGCCUGCUGUGGCUUCUUAGAUUAUAAUUUCGAUAACCGAUAAUAAGAGCAAAAUAGAGUUCUUUCUCUCCCAAUUCUCAGUGAUGUAUAUGUUUAUUCCGGUGGAAUGGUUGAUUAGAGCUUAGAGACUUAGAUUAGUUAACUACAAACAUUGUAAGUGCAAUUUUUGUAUGAAGUAAUUGCACUUUCGUGACCCUGUAAUUGUCUUCUAUUCCCUAUAUUAUUCAAGAAAGAAUACAAUUUUUUUU